AUGUACAGGAUCAGGAAGUUCUGUAUACUGCCUUCAUGUUCGCCAUGCUCUGAUAUAAUCACCUGCGCCAUUGGCGCUUUCGCCGAGACCCUCUCUCUGACUCUGUGGAACGUCUAUUUCUCGGAUUUCAUCAUCCCAGACCACCCUGACGAUGUCAUCUUAAAUGAAGUUCGCAUCUCUCACGUUGAACGUACUGAUGACGUCGCUCUGAUCUAUUUCUCGUCCGAAGGGGCGGAAGGGCGCCCUGCAGGAAUCUGCAGCAUGCGGUGCCGAUGGCUCACCGGCACCUUUGGACGUCUCUCGCUCUCGCACCCGAAGCCCAUCUCUAUCAUAGUUAUGGCCAAAGCUGAUACUUCCCUUAUUGCUGAGUAUGAGAUUGUCCCUGACGUCGAUGUUGCGGUGUCAGAAGAGCUUCGGCACAGCCUAGACGUUCAUUCAUGCGGAAACAGAGCUCGUCAUACAACGACUGGUCUCCGCUCUUUGACAUCUAGGAUCACCACGAAUUGCCUGUUGCGAGAAUCCAUGAGUCGUACCACAUCCGAGCUUGGAGAUCUUUAA